AUGUACAUCACCCUCUACUACCUAGUCACCCGGCUCCCUGACUCCCUUCGCUCGGUCAGGGAUCACUUCCUCUCUCUCUGCCCCACCACACUCACUGUUGACCUCCUCGAGGAGCGCCUCCUAGCAGCUGAGAAGAGCAUAGUCGCUGUAGGAGCCUCUCGUGGUGACCCUCGUGCCCCUUUCUUUGAGGGGUGCUCCCCCGUUCCCCUUUUGCCCUCUGUUGCCUCUGCUGCUGCUGUCGACCUCGUUGGCACCGAGUCGGUCGGCGCUGCGUCUGCACCUAGCGGGAGGCGCUGCACCGGCAAGGGCAAGGGGGGCAAGGGUGCUGGAGGAGCUGGCGGGGGUGGUGGUGGUGGCGGUGGAGGCGGCGGAGGGGGUGGGGGUGGAGGUGGGAGUGGUGGCGGAGGUGGGGGCUCUGGAGGCAGCGGUGGAGGCGGAGGCAGCGGCGGCGGCGGCGGUGGGAGUGGAGGAGGUGGCGGUGGCAGCAGUGGUGGCGGCGGUGGAGGUGGCGCUGGUCGGGGUGGCCUUGUGCAGCGCGGAGGCUUCGGUGGUGGCCAGCGUCAGCAGCAGCAGCGCUCUUGUGCGACCCCGCCACCCCAGCAGCUUCGUGAGUGGUACGCUGCGCGUCAGCGGUCUGGGGGUGCUGGUCCCUGUGCCUACGUCCUGCGUACUGGUGACCGCACUGGGGAGCCAUGCGGCGGGCUGCACACCACCCAGCGCUGCUUCGGCCGCCUGACAGACGCCUGGCGUCUCCAGUUCCCUGACGCCACUGAGAUCCCUCGCUGGGGUGAUCUGCUUAGGUCGGGGGUUGCUAUCUUUGAUCUUGACUAUGAUGCUAUUCUUGCUGCCAUGUAUGCUGUGUCUACUAGUGAUGAGGGUGACUGUUACCUGUGUGUUCCGCCUGACCCGGGCAUUGCGGCUGCUGCUCUAGGUGCUAGUGCGUCUGCUGCUCCAGGUGCUAGUGAGUCUGCUGCUCCAGGUGCUGGUGAGUCUGCUCUCUCAGGUACCACGUCUGCUCAGGCGUUGCACACUUUCACCCUUGACUCAGGUGCUUCCCGCUCCUUCUUUCGAGACCGCACCACCCUCAUACCGCUCAGUCGGCCGGUUGCGGUCUCCCUGGCAGACCCCUCUGGGGGUCCUGUCCUUGCCCACUACUCCACUGUGCUACCGUGUCCAGCGGCCCCGUCUGGCUCCCUGUCAGGUCUUUACCUCCCCUCGUUCUCUACGAACUUGGUAGCUGCGUCGGGUCAGGUGUUUGCUGCAGCGUCUCGGUCUGGUCCUGAGUCUGCCCCCUGCUCGUGUCGCCUCCUGUCCCACCAGACUCUUCUCUGGCACCACCGCCUUGGUCACCCCUCCCUGCCUCGUCUCCGAGGCAUGGCCUCCCGUGUCCUUGUCUCUGGUCUCCCCCGGUCUCUCCCUCCCCUUCCUCCGGGGCCUGCCCCUACCUGCGUUCCCUGCGUCGAGGGGCGGCAGCGCGCCGCUCCUCACUCCUCCGAGUUUCCGCCGACAGAGGCUCCGCUGCAGACUCUUCACAUGGACGUGUGGGGCCCAGCCCGCGUCCAUGGACAGGGUCACGAGCGUUACUUCCUGCUGGUGGUUGACGACUACUCGCGUUACACCACGGUCUUCCCCUUGCGCCGCAAGGGUGAGGUCACUGAGGUGUUGAUCGACUGGAUCCGCGCUGCUCGUCUCCAGCUCAGGGAGAGUUUCGGCUCGGACUUUCCUGUUCUGCGUCUGCACUCCGACAGAGGUGGUGAGUUUUCCUCCGACCUCCUGCGAGCCUUCUGUCGCGCGAGGGGCAUCCGCCAGACGUUCACGCUUCCGGCCUCUCCACAGCAAAAUGGGAUUGCUGAGCGCCGCAUUGGCAUGGUCAUGGACGUCGCUCGUACGUCCAUGAUCCAUGCGGCUGCUCCCCAUUUUCUGUGGCUGUUUGCGGUUCAGUACGCGGCGCAUCAGAUCAACCUUCAGCCCAGGGUCUCCGUGCCGGAGACCUCCCCCACUCUGCGGUGGACGGAGAAGAUUGGCGAUGCGUUUGCGUUCCGUGUCUGGGGAUCUCGAGCUUUUGUCCGCGACUUGUCUGUGGACAAGCUGUCCUCUCGUGCUGUUCCCUGCGUCUUCCUUGGCUUCCCCCCUGACGCGCCUGGUUGGCAGUUUUACCACCCCACCUCGCGCCGUGUUCUGUCCUCCCAGGACGUCACGUUUGACGAGUCGGUAGACGCAGUCGAGCCUGUCGAGGUAGCUGUUGACUCUGGUGCUGCUAGGGGUGCUGAGCGUGCGGGUGCCGGGCGUGGGGGUGCGGAGCCUGGGGGUGCGGAGUCUGGGGGUGCUGAGCCUGCGCGUGAGGAGACUGGAGGUCCUGCGCCUGAAGGUGCUGUGUUUGGGGGUGCUGAGCCUGUGUGUGCGGAGUCUGGGGGUGCUGAGUCUGGAGGUGAGACGCCUGAGGGUACUGGGACUGCUGGUGCGCGGUCUCCUUGGAGUAGCCGCCUUCGUCCGCGUGUGCCUCUCACCUCACAACAGCUGCACGACUGGAGUGGUGCUGGUACUUUGUCUACUGGAGGUGCUGGAGUCGCUGGUCCCGGAGGUGCUCGUACUGGAGGUACUAGAGCUGCUGGGGCUGGGGGUGCUGCAUAUGGGGGUGCCGCUUCUGGAGGCACUGAGGCUGGAGACCCUGGGACUGGAGGUGCUGGUUUUGGGGGUGCUGCUGCUGGAGACACUGCGGUUGGAGACCCUGGGACUGGAGGUGCCGGUUCUGGGGCUGGAGCUUCUGGAGCUGCUGGAGGUGCUGGAGCUGCUGGAGACAGGUAG